AUGACCUUCGGGAAACCCUCCUGCUUCGCUGGAAGCAGAAUUCCAUCGAAGCAGUCCGUUUCGGAUUUCCGCGCGGGGAGCAACCAUCGACUUCCCCCCCCCAGGUUCUGCCGCACCGCACGCAUCCUCCGCCCCGACGCGACUUCCCCCCUCUUUUCCUCCUCCCUUCACGUGCGCUCCCCGCAAUAUUCUCCCCCGUCGUUCUGCCGCGCAAUCCCAAAGGCGGGGCAGAACGUCGCAAAUUUCGAGGCAAUUCAAACCAAGCUGGACAGAUCUCAAGGCAUGGCAGAAACGAUGCGAUCAAUACUUCCACACUCUGGCGGACUCAGCCCUCUCUCGGUAGAGCACAAGCCGAACCGCUCGGCAUUGUCGCCUGAAAAGACUGGAGCAAGGUCCGCCGCGCGAACGGCCGCCGUGAGACGGACCGCGCAAGAAAGCACACGCGGAGCCGUCGCGCAGUCCGGCGUGCGAGCGGAAAACCCCUUGCGCCCUGCCGCAGCGGGAGGAGAUCUUGCGACGGGGUCCGCGGCAGCGCCGGGGGGAAUCGCCAUGGCGGAGACGUGCACGCGGAGUGUCCGGGCGAGUUCAGCGCCGAUUGCGGAGCUGCUGCAUCUCCCGCUGCUGUCGCAGUCGUGGUCGCCGGAGGAAGAUCGCGAGCUGCAGCGAGCAUUGGCGAGGCAUGCGGAUAGCAAGUUGUCUCCGUUACAGUGGUACCUGCUAGUGGCCGCGUGUCUGCCGAGCAAGACGGCUAGAGAUGUGGCGAUUCGUUGCAGAUGGCGCAACAAGGCUAGAGAGCAGCACAAGCGGAAGCUCGGAAGCCCGCAGGCCGCUUCCCCGCGGAAGAAGCGCAGCACAGGCUCGCCGCGAGCAGCAGCAGUGGACGCAGCGCAUGACGAGGCUGUCAAAGAGGAGGACAGGCUGCUUUUUGAGUCGACUGAAAACUCGGCGCUAGGCGUCGCAGCGCAUAACGAGGCAGUCAAAGAGGAGGACAGGCUGCUGGCGCAGGGCCUGGGCGAAUCGCCGCCAGAGAAAGCAGAGGGCGGUGUAGGAGGGAGCGGGGGAGGGGAAGGGGCCGGAUGGGGGGAUGGGGGCGCAUGGGGGAAUGGGGGCGUGAGGGGGGAUGGGGAUGCUGGUGUGGGCGCGAGUGGUGCGCCACCUAGUGAGUUCUUGUCGCCUACAUCAGUGCUCACAGCCAUGGCGUCACCUCCGGUAGCCAUGCAGUCGCUGCCGUCCCCUUUAUUGUCGUCUGCGGUACCGUGGAGUGUGCCGGUGGAGCAGGAGGCGUGGCUGGCGCACAGCACAGUGCUCAUUGAGAAGAUAAAGGAGGCUCUCCGACUGCAAAAGUUACAUGACUCCAGCCACUUGCUGCAGCAGCUGAAGCGCAACCUAGUAUUGUCCGUGGAAAGCUUGCCAUCCUUUCCAGGAAUAAGCACCAAAAUGCCGCCUCUCCCUCUUCUGCGGUUCCCUGAAGAGUUUUGGUUGAGGGAACGCGUUCUGCACCCGGACUUCCUCUCCCCAGUUCCACUACACGCCGUCCGCCUGUCGCCAUCCACCCGCCAGUUUGCCGCCCAGAGCACCAACCUCCAGUACCUCCUGUCGCUCGAUGCCCACCGCCUGCUCUGGUCGUUCCGGCGAACGGCGGGAGAGGAGGAGGCAAUAGGGAAGCCGUAUGGGGGAUGGGAGAACCCCAAGAGCGAAUUGAGGGGGCAUUUUGUGGGGCAUUACCUGAGUGCAUCAGCCCUGGCAUGGGCAUCAACGGGCAACACAACCCUUAAAGCCCGCAUGGACUACAUGGUUAGCGAGCUGGACACGUGUCAGCAGCGCAUUGGCUCGGGGUACCUCUCUGCUUUCCCCGAGGAGUUCUUUGAUCGAGUUGAAGCAAUCAAGCCCGUGUGGGCUCCCUACUACACCGUGCAUAAGAUCAUGGCGGGUCUGCUGGAUCAGUACCAGCUGGCCAGCAACCACGCAGCGCUGCGCAUGCUGACGUGGAUGGUGGAGUACUUCCGGGGGCGCGUGCAGCGAGUCAUCGAGCGCCACACGGUGGCACGCCAUUGGCUGUCGCUCAACGAGGAGUUUGGAGGCAUGAACGACCUGCUUUAUCGCCUCUAUGCCAUCACGAGAGACCCCAACCACUUGGAGCUGGCUCAUCUGUUUGACAAGCCGUGCUUCCUGGGACCACUGGCGGUGGGGGCGGACGACCUGCCAGGGCUGCACGCCAACACGCACAUCCCCAUCGCCAUCGGCGCUCAGAUGCGAUACGAGGCCACUGGGGACAGCUUGUACCAGCACCUCUCACACCACUUCCUUUCUCUCGUCAACACCUCUCACUCCUUCACCUCUGGAGGCACCUCCGCCUUCGAGUUCUGGCAAGAGCCGCAUCGGAGUGGGCACAUCCUGGCACAGGAGGACCAGGAGUCCUGCACCACUUACAACAUGCUUAAGAUGGCGCGCAAUUCCUUCCGCUGGACUCGCUCAGUGCGAUUCAUGGAUUACUAUGAGCGGGCAAUGAUGAAUGGAGUCAUGGGCAUUCAGCGCGGCACACAGCCUGGUGUGAUGAUAUACAUGUUACCACACGGAGCAGGUAACAGCAAGGCACGUGGUUACCACGGCUGGGGCACGCCCUUCGAUUCCUUCUGGUGCUGCUACGGCACGGGAAAGUUCCUGCGAGUGCGGAGGGAGUGGAGGGAGGGUGACGUCAUCUCUCUCAACAUCUCCUUCACACUGCGCGUGGAGCGCAUUCAAGGUGAGACUCAACCAUUCAAGUGUGAUCCUCUUGAAAAUCUGGGUGAAAUCUCCCUCCACACCUCCCUCAUGCUGCAAGUGGAUUGCAUUCGUGGUAAACCGUCAAGCGUGCACCUCUUGAAAAUCCAAACCAUUUCCCUCACGUCACCUUUACCCCCUAGCAGAAUACAACAUUCUUAA